AUGAAGCAAGAACGGCGUGACCGUAAGAGAGAAUUGCGAACAUAUAAGAAGUGGGAAGAUGAGAAGGGAAAGAUGAGACAGCAAAUAAGAGAGCAAAUGAGAAAAGAGGCUCAGGAGAUUGAAGUUUAUGAGGAUACGGGAAAAGCCGGGGUUACUUGGAAACAGCGCAGAAAAGAACUGAGACCUUGGAAGUCAUACGAAGAAGUGACUACCAAAGAAAAUAUCGAACUCGAGAUGCAUUGCGUCAGUGAAAUCAAAGACGCUCUCGCCCGAGUUCAAUCUAUCGACGAGACGCCCACGCCUCUCAAACUUGGCCUCAUGAGAAUGUUCAAGCUCUGGUCAAUUGACCAUAUCAAGCGCUGCCCUUACGAGCUCGCUCCUACGAGAUACAUCGAGUUUGAUGCCCCCUUCUACGAGUGGGACAAUAAUAGCCAGGAACAGCGUCUACCACUAAGAGCUGAAAGGAACUCCGGGCACAUCCGCGAGACGGUAUUUUCAAACUGUGAGGAGGAUAUCCCUGGGAAUGCACCGUCGCUUUUUACAUACUAUGGUAUCUGUGGGAGAUAUAUGGUUGAUAAGGAAAAGCAGGAAUAUGAGGAAUGGGAGACUGAAGAAGAAAGUGGUGAAGAAUGA